AUGCUGGUCGGGGACAUUCAAUCCACCCUUCUUGUCCUCAUCAAGCUGGGCGUUGAGCUGAAGGCGCGGCUGGAUGCACUCAAUCAAGCCGCCGAAGAUCUCCAGCUUCUGACCACGAAUUUGAGGCUUUUACUGAUUGUUUUCGAAAACCCUGCUGAUGAAAGCGUCCUGAAGGAACAUGUCUCAGAGUUUGUGGCAAUCUUGGACAUUUUAGAGAGCAUCGCUAAGUCUUGCGCAAAAUGCGCCAAGGUUCUAGAUAUGGACCCAUCUGGGCAGACGGCUGCGGAUGGAAGCCAGGAGGCAUUUGGUAGGAAAUUGAUACGUCGAGUAUGGAUUGUGAAACGAGUUUCGGGGCUUCUGACGGAGAUUCAGCGCAAGGCGGAGCAGCUUCAGAAAAUCCACAGCGCUGUGUCGGUUGUGAUUUUACAGGACAUCAGAACUAAUCAAGAGCGGCCUCCUACAGCGGUGGGCAGCUCUGGAUACUCGACUCUCAUGGCGCGAGACUACAACCAAGCCAAUGGCCUGGAUUUCAGUACCAACUUUGCGAGCAUUGACAUCAUUUUGGGUAACCUUAUGAACGAGUGCAAGAGCCUUCGACAACAGCUUGAGGACAGUAUUGUCCAUCCUGAUACUUCUGCCAUCGAGCAUUAUGAGAAAACAAAUCCAGAAGGAAUGGCUUUCUGGAAAAACAAGUUUCAGAAGAAGGAUUUGAGUGCCUCCAGCUUCCGUUACGAGAUGUUGUACGUUUCAUGGGCACGCUUCGUACGCGAAAUAGAAUCAUCCUUUGUUCUGAACAAUAUCCCAACUGGAAUUUGGGAAACGCCAACUAUCGACAUUGUUCGAGGACUUGGCCAUCGUUAUCACAUCGACCACUAUGGCACGCGCCGCCUCUCUACAAUCAGACCACUAUGGCUCCCGGCUCUUCAGUCAAUACUUGACCCUCUAUGUAAGGGUUAUGUCAAGCCGCAAGACUACUUUGGCCUUCUUCAAAGCUCGUCGUUGUCGGAGACGCUGAGAAAACUCGUCCUUGAGAACGCAGGACUUGGAGUGCUGGUCGAAUGUGAGAGGGAAUCAGGCGAUAUCGCUCUACCUGCAUCUAUAGAAUCCCCUUUAGGCCAUGUAGGCUGGAUAUCUGCUCAAAUUGUGGCGGUUCCAACGCCGACAGAAAUGGGGAUCACGACUGAAGACGAAGUUAUAAACGCAGGUAGUGAAAGUUUCAUUUCUUGCUUUAAUGACACGGCUCGCGAUAUUUACAUCCACGUUCGCUACUUACAAACGGGCCAAAUAGAGCAGAAAAGUCUGCUAAAGAAGACACGGCCAGUUGGGGGCAUCUACAUCGGCGCUCCAAUAUCCAUUCGAUGCGAGCUGGAACCGGGAAAAUAUGGGUGGAGCUCGGAUACUCACAUCGCAGAGUUCAAGGCCUGUUUUGGCGGAAGAUAUCGUAUCACGGCUGGAGCUGGAGCCAAUACACACGCAUUUUCGGCGACUCCUAUUAAGGCUUCAUUCGAUGGAAUGCUACAGAGUGACGCGCACUCCGAUGCUCCAACACCACAGCUGGAAUUUAUCUUAUUGGGACCGUCAAAGGUUUUCUACCAAGCUCCAAAAAUUGGCGAAAAAGUCGAAUAUGAUGGCCUUUGGUAUGAUUCGAGAGUUACGCUAGUGGACGAAGACGAGAUCGAGUUUGUCGACUGGGACCAGAUCGCACCGCGAGCUGAGCCUGACACUCCCAUUGAAGAUAGAAGAAGCGAUAGUAGUGACGAUCAUGGCGGUUUGUUUUCGGAGGAGAUGUUGGAAAGGCUCGGAAAAGGCACCCGAAGACUAUGGCGACCAUGGAAAAGAGACAUUACCAAAUAUGAUGUUCGACCGUUUCGCUGUUUACACAUCGGGGACUCUAUCAACGCACCCCUAUAUAUGCCGGCGCGUAUUGUUGACGUGCAAGGCGAUCAGUAUGUGGUCGAAUUCAGCCCGGCAGUAUCCGCCUACGCGUGGUGGCCAGGGCGCUUAGAGAAGGGCACAUCAAUAGAGUUAAUACCGGGGUCAGGUAUACACGCGGACAACCCGUACGAACUCAACCGCGCGACCUUGGCCAUGAACCUGGUCCGCCCUUUGUCCACCGGCCCGCGGCCAGUUUUGGGCAUGCAGUCUGGGAAGCCGCCUAGAUGGAGUUCGUUUCAAGGUGUACAACUUGGCAACCUGGAGGAGUUGCUGGAACAGAGUCUCUGGAAUGAUGGGGGUCAUUCAAGCCGUGAUAUGUAA